CCUCCAGUGAAGGUUCACACCAGUCAGAAGGUAACUAACUGUACAGUACAGUCCUCCUGAAUGUCUCUCUGUUGUCUGAACAUGAAGACCUCUAUGAUUGUCCUCAUCAUCUGCUGUCAGGUGUAUGCAGAAGACAAAGUUCUGCAUAUUGAUUUACAUUUUACUGGAUGCAGUGAUUCAGAUGGAGUGGAUAUGUUUGGACUGGAUGGUGAAGAGUUGUGGUACGCAGACUUCAACAAAAAGGAGGGAGUGGUGGCUCUGCCUCCGUUUGUAGAUCAGAUGAGCUUCCCUGGAUUUUAUGAACACGCUGUAGGUAAUCAGGGGAUAUGCAAAGGAAACCUGGCCACAUUUAUAAAAGCUUACAAGAACCCACCAGAGACAAUAGACCCUCCUCACAGCAGCAUCUACCCCAGGGAUGAUGUGGAACUGGGGGUGGGGAACACCCUCAUCUGCCACGUCAGUGGGUUCUUCCCUCCACCUGUCAGAGUCAGGUGGACCAGGAACAAUCAGAAUGUAACUGAGGGAGGGCGUAUCAGCACCCCCUACCCCAACACUGAUGUCACCUUCAACCAGUUCUCCAGUCUGAGCUUCACCCCAGAGGAGGGAGACAUCUAUGGCUGUACUGUGGAGCACAAGGCCCUUUCUGAGCCCCUGACACGGAUCUGGGAACCUGAGGUGAGCCAGCCCAGUGUGGGUCCUGCUGUGUUCUGUGGUGUGGGUCUGACUCUGGGGCUGCUGGGAGUUGCUACCGGAACAUUCUUCCUCAUCAAAGGGAACCAGUGCAACUGAGACUACAGCUGUCAGAGCGUCACAGUUAAAUCUGUAUAAAUAUAGAGUAGAGAUAGUAGUACUUUAUUGAUCCCAACUUGGGAAAUAGUUUUAGAACUCAGCAUCAUCAAAAAAUUGCAACGACAAGACCAAUGACAAACACAUGUUAAAGACACAUAAUAAGACACUGAACCUCUCAGUGGGAAAAAUGAACCUACCACCGAAGCUGCUCUGUGUUGCAUUACAGUGAUGUGGAGUGGGUGGGUGACAUUUUUGAUGAUCGUGUGACCCUUGGCCUGCAUCCUUUGUAUGAGCUUGCUUUCUGUAUGAUUUUGUCAAGCUUGUUUAGGUCAUCAUUUGCUACGUUUCUUUUCCAUCACACAUUGGUAUAAGUAAACACACUAGCCACUAACUAUACAGCUGUAGAACAUGCGAAGAGGACUUUGCUAUCAUUUAAAGUAUCUUUCUACUGUUAAAACGGAUUAUUUAGACUGUAGAUGACAGAGCCUUUUAAGCCUCCUUAUGAGAGGUUAAACUGCAGAUAAUUUGAAGGGGAGAUGUAUGUACAUGGUAUAUUAAACUAGUCCCUGCUGCUCAGGGGGAUUAGCCAAAUGGAUGUACGUCUGGGAUACGGGUUGACCCCCGGUUUGAGUUGUAGUUGGUGUUUGUGUUUCAUUUUUCCCUUUGUAACCUUUACAUCUUUAUUAAAGCUUAUUAGCCCUGAAA